GGAAUCUCUGCGCUCCCGGAAGUGGCCCAGCGGCAGCCCGCCCGGCCCGGGCAGUGCUAACUCCUGCUCGGGGCGCCCCGGGUCCGGGCAUAGCCAUGACAAGCGAGCUGGACAUCUUUGUGGGGAACACGACUCUUAUAGACGAGGACGUGUAUCGCCUGUGGCUGGAUGGCUACUCAGUGAGUGACGCGGUGGCGCUGCGAGUGCGCUCCGGAAUCCUGGAGCAGACGGGAGCCACGGCAGCCGUGCUGCAGAGCGACACCAUGGACCACUAUCGCACCUUCCACAUGCUCGAGCGCCUGCUACACGCGCCCCCAAAACUGCUGCACCAGCUCAUCUUCCAGAUCCCGCCCUCCCGGCAGGCGCUGCUCAUUGAGAGGUACUAUGCUUUUGAUGAGGCCUUUGUUCGGGAGGUCCUGGGCAAGAAGCUGUCCAAGGGCACCAAGAAAGACCUGGACGACAUCAGCACCAAAACAGGCAUCACCCUUAAGAGUUGCCGGAGACAGUUUGACAACUUUAAGCGAGUCUUCAAGGUGGUAGAGGAAAUGCGGGGCUCCCUUGUGGAUAACAUCCAGCAACACUUCCUCCUCUCUGACCGGUUAUCCAGGGACUAUGCAGCCAUCGUCUUCUUUGCCAAUAACCGCUUUGAAACAGGAAAGAAAAAGCUGCAGUAUCUGAGCUUUGGAGACUUUGCCUUCUGUGCUGAGCUCAUGAUCCAGAACUGGACCCUUGGAGCCGUCGGUGAGGCCCCCACCAACCCAGACUCUCAGGUGGAUGACAUGGAUGUGGACUUAGACAAGGAGUUUCUCCAGGACUUGAAGGAGCUCAAGGUGCUAGUCGCUGACAAGGACCUUCUGGACUUGCACAAGAGCGUGGUGUGCACUGCCCUCCGGGGAAAACUCAGCGUCUUCUCUGAGAUGGAAGCUAACUUCAAGAACCUGUCUCGGGGGCUGGUGAAUGUGGCUGCCAAGCUGAUCCACAAUAAGGACGUCAGAGACCUGUUUGUGGACCUUGUGGAAAAAUUUGUGGAACCCUGCCGCUCUGACCACUGGCCACUGAGUGAUGUGCGGCUCUUCCUGAAUCAGUAUUCAGCAUCUGUCCACUCCCUGGAUGGUUUCCGGCACCAGGCCCUCUGGGACCGCUACAUGGGCACCCUCCGUGGCUGCCUCCUACGUCUCUAUCAUGACUAAGAGCCCCUUCCUCCACCCUGCUCAUUGUGACAAUAAAGUUACUAUGAGUUUGGACACUGAGCCUUGCUCCAGGGGGAGGAGCCUGUGGGGGCAUGUAUAGUGUACAUGUAUGUCCCUGAGUGCCACAGUGUUCACGCACGAAGAUAUGGUGUACUCCAGCCUGUCAGGAACUGGGAUGGGUCAGAAGUGCCAUCUGUGCUCCCUGCACCUGCCGUCUCCAAGCUCCAGCUGACUCUACUUGGAUAGCAGAAAUUUUGUCUUGAUUUAUUCACAUGGUGUGGCGAAAACUGAGAAGACAAACAAAACCCUCAGGAUGGGGCGAUGAAGAGGCAGCUGGCAUACAGGAGAGGCUCAGGGAGGACAGGAGACUUUCUGCUUCUCAGCUGGAUCACCUACACAGGCAGUGAGUGGGAACCUGGUGAUGCCGCAGGUAUCGCUCCCUCGGUGCAACCGGAAGUAGCCCUAGAAGUUAGGGGACAUCAGGGCCAGAAGGUGGGGAAGGGCCUGUUCUUCCCUGUCCCUUUUGCCAGUGGAUGUGCUCACCUUCUCACCCCAGUGGGCCCCCCAAGAGUUCUUCAGGAUCCAGUAAGGGGUGGAUUGGAGAGGAGGAUGAUUGGACUGGAACAAAUCUUUCUCUGUCGCUUUCUCCUCUUUGCCAAAACCCACCAGCAGAAUAUAAUGGCUUGCAAGCCAGGGGUCACAGGUGGAGGGCGUGCUCUUGAUGAUACCCUUCUGGUAAUGCUGCAGGAGUGGAAACGGGCUGAGUCUGCUGCAUGCUCCCCGCAUGCCCCCUUCCCCCAUUCCUUCCCCCACCCACCUGCAAUAGCGUUGGGUUGAUGAGCACAGUGAUGGGCCCCUGUGUGGCCACGUACUUGGCCAUUGCUGGAGAGAGAGAGUGCCAUCAGGCCCUGCCUGCCGUGGGGCUGCAGCUCUUGACACAGCCCCGCUGUCUGCCACUGUCCUGUGCCUUUUGUUUCUUUCUCACCCUCCACCCAUGUCUCCCCACUUUGGCCGCACCGUCUUCAUUGCGGGGCAGCAUGAUGUAGUCUUGGAUCCAGGCCACCUUCUUAUAGAACGGUGCCAGGCACCUGUGGGUUUUGGCAUGCCCCCGGAAACGGUAGUCCUUUUCACUGGCCAGACCACCUGAAGAUAAGGAAGGAGACUCUGUUCCUGGAUGUCCCCCACCCCUCUAAUUGUCCAAAAAGCCAGGUACUCACUGUAGUUGAGGACAGUUAUGAAUGCGUCCCAGACGUAGCCACCCAAGCAGCCAUCCCCACAGCGGCCACAGUCAAGCAGCUCUGGGGGGAAAAGGCACAGCAUGAAUGACUAAGCCGUUAGUCCCCCCCUGUCACAUCCCCCUUUCCGUCCCAGUCAUACCUUGCACAGAUACUUCCACAGACUGUUUGAAUCUGAUGUUCCACAGAGCUUCAAUGUUGCCUGCUGCCGCUAUGGCCCAACAGCAAUUGCACUUUCCCUGGUGUAUUAUAGGGUAGUGUGUAGUGGGGGGUCUAGGUGAGGUGUCCCACUCUUCCCACCCUUUGGACCAGAUUGGGCUCAACUGUUGGGGGCAGAUACCUGGUGCUUGACGGGUGAGAGGACAUUGUGGGCCUUCCUCCAGUCACAGCUUGGGGGCAUCGACUCCUGCUUUUCAAACCUUUCUUUUCUGCCCACCCUGAGGUCCUUCCUGGUUGCCCUCCAAUUCCCAUAGAGCUGGCCAAACUCUUCCUCUGGGGAACAGACAAGGCCACAGAAGUUACAGCUCUGACCUCCCUCUCCAUAUUCUGCCUCUUAUGCUCCAGCCAUCCAUAUCCUUGGCCUUUUGUGUUUUUUUGUUGUUGUUGUUUUGGUUUGGUUUG